AUGAACGGCAUUGCAUAUAGUCUUCCACCUCCAUAUAGCUUUGGUCGUCCCUAUAUGGCUCCACGCGAGAGCUUUACUGAGGCGCCUCCCCAGAGCCCCUCGAUGAUGUCCACACCAGGUUAUCCUACCCCACAGGGCUUCACUCGGUAUACUUCCGGAUCUCAGCAGGCUACGUCUAGUGGUACUCCGAUGGCCACUCCCAGUCCGACUGCAUCACAUCAUUCUUCAUCAUCUAUUGAACAGCACAAUAUUACGGGUCCAGAUCUUCCAGAAAGUAGUACUGCGCCUCACACUCCUACCGCGAAUGACUUACGUAGAGGUUUAAGUGCUUCACAACUGGAAUCUUAUGAUUCAUCAGGGCGACUGAUCAUCGAGCCUGCAGGAUACGGUUCGUCACCAGACAAAGCUUUAAGACUCCUUACGAAUGAGAUAGAAAAACUAUUUAAAGACUCACCUACUUGGGGCCAGAUGUCACCAAAUCGCCAAAGACAGAUCUAUUUUGCAUUUAAGGAAAAAUGUGUCUGGUGCCCGAAACAUGAGACGCAGCUAGCCCAAAACUUCCAGAAGAAAGCUCAGCGCUUACUAAGUGACAUGUUAGGAAAGGUUCGUGAAUCUAAUACGAAGCCUAAGUGGAUCCUUCCUGAAAACUAUGCCAAGCUACUUCAUUACUGGGCAACUAAUAAAAGAUUCUUACAACUAAGUGACAUAGGGAAGAAGGCUAGAAAUUCGACAAAAGGUGGCUCCCUACACACUAGUGGGGCUAUGAGCCAAGAGGCCGAACUAAAACGGGGGACGCCAGUGCCUCAAGAUGAGGCGUUCAAGAUCACUCACGUGAAGAAGAAGGCAAACACUAAUGAUCCAGACCAGUGGUGUGAGGAACGGGCUAAGCAGACCUACGCGGAGUUUCUUCAUACUCAGUCACCCAACACACAGCUGACAGAAGAACAAAUGGAGGAAAGGAGGCUUGAGAAUGUUGGUGGUCCCACUAGGUUUGGCACAGCUUACGGAAUGCCACAUCGUGCAUUUCGUCAAUACCGGUCUCCCCUGGAAGGCCUACAUUCUUCCAAUAUCGAGUCGUUUGAUAGAGUGAGUGCCAUGGCCAUGGAGCAAAAUAUUGCUGAGCUAUCUAGCCAACUACAGGCCUCAGAGGAAAGGGAGAGGUGA